AACCAGAUAAGGAGUUGCUAUCGUUACGGGCCUAGUUUAUACUUUGCUUUCGUAACUCCUGGAAGACGAGACCAAAGAUCGUAGAGAGCCACGUCGCAGGCUACGGCAGGGUUACAAAAAGCAGCAAGUCUGGGAAUAAUUGCGAGUAAACGUUGAACUUUGUCACGUGUAGUUCAGUGGCUUCUAUUUUAAGUUCACAUACAUUUUUGGCGUUCCAGCAUGCUUGUCCGAUGGUCCAACCAAGGUCCAAGCAGCAUAGCGCUAGUCCACUUUGCAUUUGACACUCUCCAUGGAGCUAUAAAUUAUAAAACGUAUGCACUCACUCAGCACGACUGCAAGCGCCAUACUUAACAGAAAAUCGUUCCACCAAAAGCAGUGUUGUGUUCAAAACCUACAAAGAUGCCAUCCUACAAGCUGUAUUACUUCGACGGUCGGGGACGAGGGGAGGCGACCAGAAUGCUGUUUGCGGUCGGUGGCUGCGAUUUCGAGGAUGUCCGAGUUAGCCCUGAGGAAUGGUCGGACAUGAAACCGAAAACUCCUCUUGGUCAGAUUCCUGUUCUCGAAGUUGACGGGAAGCAGUUGCCUCAAAGUGGAGCGAUCGAACGUUAUCUCGCCGGGGAAUUCGGUCUGCUCGGCUCCAAUAGUUGGGAAGCUGCGCAGAUAGACGCAGUGUAUCACACGGUGAUCGAAUUAAUGGGAACACUCCUUCAAAUUGAGUUUUACGAAAAAGACGAAGAGAAAAAGAAAGCUGGACUGGCAAAGUAUUACAACGGAGAGGCGCCGAGGAGAAUGGCAGGCCUUACCAAAUUGUUUGAGAUGUACGGAGGAGGGGAUGCAGGCUUCUUUGUUGGAGACAAGAUUUCCCUGGCCGACAUCAACUUCUUCGCGAUGACUGAAUACUUCGACGCAGAAGAACUGAAGAAGUAUCCGAAAAUGGAGGCGCUGCGCAGUCGCGUGGCAGCCAAUUCGCGAUUGGCUGCCUUUAUGAAGAACCGCUCCACACCGCAAUUCUGAAACGCUGUGUCCAAAACAGUCGAGAUUUUUGUUUCCAAACUACGUUAUCAGCUGACAUUCUUUAUGUAACCGACUCUAUGUGACGCUGAAGAAAUUGUCACAUUAAAUAAUCGUACACAGUCUGACCCAUGUAAUUGCUAGCUAUUUUCUAAACAUUUCAAUGGUAUUUCAUGCUGAAACUAACCGAAAUGGUCUAACCUCAGAGCUAUAGUCGUUGCGAACGGCGGUUUUUGAAGUGGGUAGUUUCCCUGCCUCAUCACUAAAAUGUUGUUUUUCACUCAGAUGGGUGAUGUUAUUUGCAAUUUAACUAGAAAAGAGCCGUUGGAGCGAAAUCCACGCCGACAUUUCUCUCCGGUAUCGUCACAGUGUCACGCAUUGAACCUUCAGGAGACUUUUUUUUUAGUUAUGACUUUCAGUCAUUUUGACACCAAUCAGAUAUACCAUUCUCGCACAGCGCUCAUUUUCCCGGGGCAGGUCUGCCAAAGAUAUAGGCAACUUUAUUUUCACUGACGUGCUCGAUGCAGGCAAGCUGACAUGCGUAUAGCCUUAAAGUUAAUGUCCGUAGCAAUGAACUCAUAAUGGCAAAUUGAGCUGAAACUUCAUGUUUGUCCUGAAAUUGAGGCGAGGGUUUUUUUUUAUUAAUGCUUGGAUCCGCCGACCUUCUGGAUUCAGAACUGAAAAAAAAAUGAAGAUUUUUGGGAGAAUUCUCGGAUCCACCGACCAACAAUUUACCGAUAUAACUGUGAUUUAUGUAUUGUUUUGUUCCGAUAUAUUUCAAUUUUGUGGAGUGUGGGACAGCUGAGUUCUUGUGGAGCGGGAUCCGCCCCAGAUACUGAGAUAGUUCGAAAUAACCCGGCUCUAUUGGGAGUGACGUCGAAUUAAUAAAUCAGAAACCUUCAGGGACAGUGUCCAAUAA